GAAAACAUGAGUAGAUACAUGUUACCUUGAGCUGCUAGGAGCGGGCAUGAGAGGAGAUCAGACUGAAAGUUGCGCAGGACGAUAGCUGCUCUCGGCUACGAAGCAGAGCGGGACCGGAGCUGAGUCAGAGUUGUGACGGCGUCUACGUCGCUUGUGAAAGCGGGGAUUUGCAAGUUCAUAGCGCCAGGAAUCGGAGCUGAUGAAAACAGAGGUUGGGAGACGGAAUGAGACGCCACAGCGGAAGAAGGCCCGCUAAGAGAGCGAAUCCAGAGAUGCAUCAAUCUAUAUUUCUAAUUGAUGUAAAGCCUGCAGUUGAACGCUGCACAACAUGUUGCAAACUUUACCACUGCCCCCUCUGUCCUACAUAUAAACCCAGCCCACCAUACAGACUUCAGCGCCAUCUAGAAGUCCACAUAAAAAAUGCCAUUACAUUUAAAGAUAAGAUUUGUAAGUGCAAUUUGCAAUGCAGGAAUUCUGGUCAUUUUCAUUGCCCUGUUUGCAACAAAACAAUCAUAACCAAGAAAGACAUGGAAAGACAUCUGGAGGCUUGCCACAGUGCCACACAACAAACAUUUACCUCAGCUUCUCCCCCAUUGGAACACAACUUAGAAGUUCAAACCGACUCAAGUGCCACAAUGUCUCCCCCGUUUCCACCAACCACAGUCUCUCCAGAGUUAACUAAUUUUAAACAAGAUUCACUUCUUGGUCCCUCUGAAGUUUAUUCUGGAACAAUGAUUGUUGUCCCCUCUGCCCAGGAGACAGAAACUAAAUUAAUUCCAAAUAAGGUGAAAUGUCCUCACUGCCAAAAUGUUAUCUAUAAAAAAAACAUGGCCAAACAUAUUGUGAGAAAACACACUGAAAAAUCAAAGGACAUAACAGUGACUGAACAUUUGAAAAGUGUCUGUGUGGAUGCCACAAAUGGGAUCUCUGUAGUUCAAAGAGCAAGUCACGGCUUUUCUGUGCCCAUACAUGUACAAAACAAAACCUGGGGUCAUCAUCACAAAGUUCAGUGUGAGUUGGAAAACUGCAGGCAGUAUCAUCUGAUGGCAUUCAGAAGUGGAUUACCAUCUAGCCAUUGUGAACACAUCCGCUCACUAGAGUACUGCAGUGGAACAGCUGCAGAAGAAUAUCUGCAUGAAGAUGUCUUAACUGAAAUGGUGGACUUAAAAUUCUUCGGUGAGGCUAAAAAAGCAACAUGUGUGAAAAGGCAAAAGAAUGCACAGGCAGCUCAUAUCCCUUUCUGUGUUGAAGUGCCAUUUGCAGAACCCCCCAAGCAUCGGGUCUGA